AUGGAGCCGCAGCCGGCUCGCGAUCCCUCGUCCUCCAAUGGCGCUCCUGAACACACAGGCGCGACAGAGUCUUCGGCGACGGCGGGCUCGGUCGUCGGAUCCAAUGUGUCCUCUUCCGCUCCCUUGUCGGCAUUUAGUGGGGGGCCGUCCACCAGUCCUCCCCCUGGGGGGCCCCCUGGCGGCGUUUCUUCUCCCUUUGGAUACCAACAAUGCAACGCAGCGACCGGCGGCGCGGGCACACUCCCAGGCAGGAGCGCUGGCGUGAGUGCGUCUGCAUCUUCCUCGCGACUGCCGGCACCGCAGCAGCUCGGCUCUUCGACCUCCGGACAUUGCUACCAUGCAGGCAUCAAGAGCUCCCGGCCGACAGCCUCCUCCAUCCAGCAAACGUCUCGGCAUGCUGCUCUUCUGCGCCUGCGCCGCUCAGACCGGGAUAAGGCUGUCGCGUCUCGCAGGCGACAGUUCGUGCCUCCCGAGGCUCCGCCGCUUCCCGAGUCUCUCGCGCCGAUUGUGCAGCGACUCGUGGCGCUGUUCCCUCUUCCGCCUUUUCUCGCUGUGGGGGCGGAAGGCGCAGGACCCGGGCCGGCUCACGAGGAAGCUCUGCGCCUCGUGAAGCUUCUCCACGAACUGAUUGCCUGCUUCCCGAGCCUCCUGUCCGGAAGUCCGUUGUCGACUCCCGCAGGAACGCCUUCCUCGGCCUCCUCCUCCAGUUCGCCAUCUGCGCCUUCUCAGGGUAUGACUGCCGGCUUGGAUUUGAGCAGCGCGCCCGAGACCCGCGCGACUCCCAUGCCAGUAGAGUCUCUGGUUCAACCGAUGUGCGACAUUGUCCCGCCAGCUCUCCAGGCGGGGUCAGGCUUUGAAUCGCCGGGCGCAGAUGCCAUCUCGGCGUGUCAGCGGGAAUUCGCGCUGCGGCUUCUUCAGCACGCGUGCGGAUGCAUCGCUGCUGCGGCGGCGGCGCAGCCGCUGCCCGAGGGAGCUGUUCAGUGCUGGCUGCCGCUACUUUUCUCGGUCUUCCGGACGCUGACUCUCGCUCACAGAGCUUCAGGCGCGACGCCGGCGGGCCAGCCGGGCACGACGACGCUACGUUUGCUGAUGCGCCGCGUUCAGCAGGAAGUGGUCUACGCGCUGGCCAACAUCGCCGCAGAUUAUCAGGGCGGCGUUCUCGAGCUCGGGGGCGCCUCGCUGGCUCUUCAGACGAUGCACGAUGCGCUCUUGGAGCUCGCUGCGAUCCCCGCGGCGAGUCCCGAGGCGUCUGCGCCCACGGCCCCCUUUGGCGCCGCGGAAGCGGCCCGCGCCUCGGGCUGUGCGCCUGCUCUCCGCCUCCGCACGGGGGGCUGGUUGCUGGCGAAUCUUCUGCGACCCCCUCUCUUCGGCCCCGCAGCUCUGGCGGCCAUGCUGGGCUGCACUCUGCCGGAAACAGGCGCGUCUGACGGCGGCGACGUCCACCCCGGCGGAGUGCAAGUUCUCUGCGCAUUGCUGCAUCUCGAAGUUGAGCAGCAACACGCCGCCAUGCGCCUGCCUGCGAAUGAUGAUCGCCGCGGAGCCGUCGCGGAGGGCCUCUGGUGUCUCCUCCUCUUUCUCGAAGCGAUCUUCUGUGGCCAUCCGCCGAUUCCUCCGCAGGCCCUGGCGCAGGGCGGCGCCGAGGGACCCGGUGGCCGUCUAGGCCCCGGAUGGGAGGGCGCGGCUGCAGCGGAAGAGAAGACAGCCAAGACGCUCGAGCGCGUUCCCGAACUGGUGCCGCUGCUCCUUCGCCUCGUGUUUGAGGCCUUCCAGGGGGCGGAAACACGAAGAGAAACGCGGAGAGCUGCGAUGGCAACCGGGCCAAGCGCCGGAUUCUCAUUCGGCGCCACACCGACAGACAGCAUGGGAGCGCCGCCGAAGCCAACUGGCGAGCCGGGCUCGGGGGGCGCGGAAACCGCCAGUGCGGAGUGGCAAGGCGGCUUAGGCGACAGCGAACGGGACAGGCUUAACAGAGUGAACGAAAACGCAUCAGACAUUCUGGUCCCCGCUCUCAAAAUCCUCGCGCUGCUUUGCUCCAGCAUCCGCGUGCGCACCUCUUGGGCUGACACACUCGUCACGGCUGGCGGCGACGCGUUCCGGGACCUCGUUUCUUCGUGCUUCGCGCAGCAAGGCACAGUCCACAGAGGCGUCCUAUGCGCCACGCUGUCGCUCGUCGCGAACUUGGCGGCCGGUCUCCCCCCGCAUACGGCGUAUGUCGUUCCCCUGGCCCCCGCCGUGGCUGCGAUCCUCCACUCCUCGGAGCCGUUCGACAUUCGAAGGGAAGCAGCGGUGUCUCUGCUGCACAUGGCGUUGAAUCACGGCAAGAAGCACCUCGACGAGGUUGUCCGCGUGGAACCAUCCGUCGUCCAGGGCAUGCUCGACAUCCUUGAACAGAACAAAUACGAUCGCGCAUCUGUCUUGAUUGCGCUGGAUUUCCUUAAUGGCGUCCUCGAAGCACAGCCCGGAGGCCGGGUGGAAGUCUAUCGCCGCGACGGCAUUGCGAAAAUCGAGAGUGCGCAGUUCUUGCACGACGCAGCUGUAGACGACAAGAUUUCGUGGAUGGUGUCUCACUACUUCGAUGAUUUUAACGAGGCCGAGGAAGAAGACGAGGAGGCAGUGGAGCGGGUGUGUCUAGAGGAGACUGCGCUGGCGUCGCAGUUCUUUGAUUUCUCAAAGGGCGCGUCGCAGUGA